CAAUUACGUUGCUCCUAACAGUUCACCAAUUAAGUUGCUCCAAGCAGUUGACCAACUUCGUUGCUCCUAACAGUUCCCCAAAUACACUAACAACAAGAAUGCUGUACUCUAUCGUCAUCAUGUGCCUGGCGCUGACCGGAUGCUCGGCUGUUGCACCGGUCACCUUGACAACAAGAGACAAACUUGCUUUCCUCAAUGCCCACAACACUGCCCGCAAACAGGUCAACGUUCCAGAUCUGGUAAGAUUGAUUUCUUUUUUAAAAGGAAAAACAUAUAGCUUUUUAAUUGUUAAGAAGAAACUACCAAUAAAUAUUCCAGUGUUUCUCUCUGUAAUGCCUUUAUACACAUCUGUGGACCCCCUUUGGAAUUGUAUAAAAACUUAGAGUUAAAACGGUUUGAGCUGAUUAUGGGUCACAGGAGCUUCAAUAACUCCAUGCACCAGUGAGACAGAAUCACUCAAACAAAUGUAAAUAUUGCACAAACACCUGUAUCCAAAGUUUACGUGCUAGUCCUUCUAUGUACAUAAAAUCACGUCAAAAGUCACAUGUCCAUUGGGUUACUUCGGGAAAAGAAACUUUAGAAAAACAACCAUUAACGAUACUACGUUGUUUUGCUGCAAAGAACAACAAACUGAAAUAGGAAUCGAUCUAUCAAUGUUAUAAGUUAUUUCCGACCUAUAGCAGCUCCUAAGGUGUAUUCUAUCUGAUGGGACAUGCGGAAAAGCCUAACUCUCGUUUGGUUUGAAGGCUAAUACUAUUAUAGAAAAAGAGAAUACUCACAUGUAAGUCAAAGUUUUAACACAGUGAUAUUUUACGACUUUAAAAAAAAACCUAUCAACUCUAUUACACUGAUAAAUUGACGACCACAUUUUUCGAUGGCUUAAAUUGAUUAAGUAAAAUAAAAUGAACUUUAUUUCGACAUAUAUUGAUAUCAAUUCAAGUAAACACCAACAUUGUCUUCUUUACUUCCGUCUACGGUGCAUGGGACGAAAGUGUGGUCGUAAACUCUUACAUUAUAGUGUAAUUAUUUUUGCUUAAUUUUAGGCCCUUGAACAUGUUGAAUUGCUUGACCUCUUUCAGGCAUGGAAUAUUACGCUGGAACGUUUUUCCCGGCAAUACAUUAGCAGCUGUGUAUAUAAACACAGUGGUGGCCCGUAUGGAGAAAACUUGUAUGUGUCUUCUCGUAAGUCAUUUUUUACAGUUUAAGACAUUAUCAUUAACUAAACCUAAACAUCGAGACAUUAUCUAUUAUUAACUUAACGUAGGCAACAAGGCACUAACUAUCAUUACCUAAGACUAAAUAUCAAGACGUUAACUAUCAAUGACUAAGACGAAGUAUCAAGAAUUAACUAUCAUUAACGAAGUCUAAAUAUCAAGACAUUAACUAUGAUUAACUAAGUCUUACUAUCAAGUCACUAACUAUCAUUAACUUAACCUAAACAUCAAGACAUGAACAAUCAUUAGGUAAGUUUAAAUAUCAAAACAUUAGCUAUCAUGAACUAAACCCAAAUAUCAAUGUGAUAUUAAAUGUCAAGGACUGUCAUUACAUUGACAAGAAAAUUAUCAUAAAGUAAAAAAGUUAACAAAAUAUUUUCCAACCAACCCCCCCCCCCCCAAACACACAUUUUUUGGCGGGCCAUGCAACAAAAGCAACAACAACAAGAAAAGCAAAAACAUCAUUAUGGAUAUUAACGUGCUCCUAUUUGACUCCAGCCACCGAUGUCAAUAAUACGCGUGUGGCUGAGGCCUCUGUGGCGGGAUGGAACAGUGAGAAGGCGUUAGUGGACUACCCCACCUGGAAAUGCAUCCUGACUGGAAAAUGUGGACAUUACUCACAGGUUAGUGGUCAAAGUUAUUUUUUUUUAUUGCUACUUGAGAACUUCACUAACCUCAUCAAGGAAACUCACCAAAGAACCUCACUUAACUCAUCGAGGAACUUUACUGAGCUCACCAAGUAAAUUCACUGAACUCAUCAAAGCAAUUUCACUAAACUCACAAAGGAACUUCAAUGAAAUAACCAAAGAACUUCGUUGAAAUUACCCAGGAACUCCGUGGGGAACAGCUGUACACUGAUAUCUGAUGAGAAAAAAUAAGACCCUCAAAUCUGUACUUGUUCAAAGACACGACAAAAAAAUGAGUUUCUUUAUUUUCACACCAUAUUUUGUCAUUGUUCAUUUUGACAUUGAAAUGUGCCUAAUCAAACCUAGAUAUUGACUUUAAAUUAGAUCUAUAUUCUGAUCUUUCAUAUUGAACAAACUAAUCAUACAAAAAAAUGAGUUUCUUUACCUUUCCCACCAUAUUUUGUCAUUGUUCAUAUUGACAUUGAAAUGUGCCUAAUCAAACCUAGAUAUUGACUUUAAAUUAGAUCUAUAUUCUGAUCUUUCAUAUUGAACAAACUAAUCAUACAAAAAAAUGAUGCACAACAUAUUUUUACCUUUAUUUAUUUUAUUUUUUUAUAAUUCUUUUUUUUUUCGAAGUGGCUAUUCGCACCCGGGUACAAGAAGUAAGAGGUUGGAUUAAAAAACUAAUUAAAAUGUUAUUGGUGGGUUUGUAAGACAAAAUUAUGUAUCAAAUGAAAGAUAAUUGCAUGGACCAUGGGGACGUCUAUUAAUUACGUCCACAAUAUUUCCGCAAUUUUUGACCCCCCCUCCCUCCCCAUGGUCAACAACUGUCAAACUUUCGAUGACCCCCCCCNAUUAAUUACGUCCACAAUAUUUCCGCAAUUUUUUACCCUCCCUCCCUCCCCAUGGUCAACAACUUUCAAAAUUUCGAUGACCCCCCCCCCCCCCUAUUUAAUUAUGUCAAACUUGUAUAAGCCCUCUCCCCAAAAAAAUGAAUUAGAAUAUAAAUAAAUGUUUAAAUAUAUUUUAAUUUGUGCUGAUGUAUUUGUAAUAACAAAGAAUUGUAGGAAACACACUUCAUUACAGCUUUAGCUUGUUAAUCAGUAUAGCUGACAAUUAUAGUAGAGUUUCUAGCGGCUAUAUCUUCAAAUGGAGUAGCCAGGUGUUGUUCUAUCGUAACAAUGGGCAUCAGUGACAUCAUUUGGGUAGGGCAGGGGGUUCCCCCCCCCGAUUUUGCUGGUUUAAAUUGCUAUGCACUGUGGCACCUCCAGUUCUAAACAACUUAACAAGCCGACCAAGUUUUGUUUCCCCCACCCCCCUACACUCCCUUCCCCUGAAAAAAACCUGAAACAAUGCCCCUGAUGGGCAAAAUGCAAAGUAGCUGAUUUAUCAUUUUCAUCUUGUGGAACUGAUACACCAGACAAGUCAACAUCAUCCUUAUCUAACCAUUCAGCGCUUAAAAUAGAAGUAUUGUCUGUGUGAGCAAUAAUUGCCAUAAGCUCUCUCUGUCUUUGAGGUGGCUUAGUUGUUAUUGAACACCGAUGAGUGUGUAUUUUUUAUUGAACACCGUGUACAAUGAUGUGUUAUUUAUUCUAGGGAGCGGAUUAAGAGAAAAAUGACAGGUGAAGAGAUGCCAACUGUUGACUUCUCUUGCACUAACAAAGUGUGCUAACAUUCUGACCAGCCAUCUGCAGUGCACAUAUAGACACACAUUAACUAACUCUUUUAUUGUUAAAAGCCUAAAUAUGUAAGACUAUUUACACUCAUUAAAUUGUUUAAAAUAAUGUAAGCACCAGUCAAUUAAAAAAACUGAUUUCCUUAUUCCACGUAGGUCGUAUGGAAAACUACAAAAACUGUUGGAUGUGCCAUCAUAAACUGUGAGCCACCAUUCAACAACUUGGUGGUGUGUGAGUACUGGCCACGGUAA